AUGCCUCCAAAGGCUCCUGUGACACCCGGAGAAAAAGCUGCAGCAAAACGGCUGCAGAAGAAGGUUGAAAUGGCAUCCGCACACUCUGCUCAAGCAGCCACCCCUUCCGAAAUUGAAACCUCAGAGAGCGUUGGUAGGCCAAUACGUCAAGCAAAAGAAGUAGCAAUGAAAAAUCAAGACAAACCAGCAACCCGAAAACGUGCUGCAUCAUCUAUCGCUGACUCAGGCAAAGGCAAACAAAAAAAGCUCACAGGCACCAGCAUAAAGAAACAGAUUGUGCCACCAGAAGAAUCCAACCAUGGUACAGCCAGGCCACCUCGUCUACACAAAACUCGAGAGCAGGACAUUGAUUUGCCCUCAUUGGACCAGCAGCCUGUUGAUGGUCACGGUAACACGGCUUCUGAGUCUGAUCAUUCUGAGAAUGAUGACUCGGAAUUUUUAUCGAGUCAUGAUGAUGAGCUGCAAAGCAAAAAGCCAAAGCAGCUCAAGGAUUUAUUUUAUGACGAGACUCCUCAUUUCGUCACAAAUACUGUUAAGGCAGCCUUGAAACCUACAACCCAUUCUUCCAAGCCAAGUGGCUCGUACACCACCUCCAUGAUUCCAACUUCAGACUCGGAUGACGAUCAAGCCACAAGUACUAGUCAAACCAUGAAGGCUGUUACAAGUAAGACCAAGUUCAAUGAUGUCCCUAUUACCAAGAAAAGGGCCAAGAAAACUGUGCACAAGGCUGUGGAGACUCCGCACUUCACUGCGGCACUAUCAACCUCGAGCAUUCCAGAUUCGCUAACUCGUAAUAGUACCCGCUUGGAAGACACUUGGUCUUUGUUAACACAUCUUGUGUGGAACGGCAACAACACAAUCAAUCUCCUCAGUCAACAACCUCAUAUCCAAGUAAUUCUUCAUGCUGCCAUUCAGCUUGUCGAACGAGAGCUGGUAUUUGAGUGCUACUUUCCACGACCGAAACAUCGCCACACCAUGAUGGUCAACUUAGUACUUGAAGCCGCAUCAUCAGCAGAGCAUAAAGAAGUCUUACAGCGCUUGGAACAAGACCAAGCUUACAUGAAAGCUUUCACCAGAGUGCCAGAUGGGCGUAUUGGGUUGAUUCGCAAGAAACUCAAGGAGAUUUCGGAUCGCGUCGUUCCUGGUGCAUAUGGGGUCAAGACGGGUGAUGACGAGAAGAUCAACCGCCUGCUCAAUCUCCUGACUUUCAUUUACAAGUUUGACACCAAGGGCAAUCCCAUCUUGAGUCAGCCAUUUGACCAUCCCGCUAUCAACACUGUAUGCCAGUUAGCCUUUUUUACGAGUCAGGACCAGGUUGGGAAGAAGUAUAAGGAUCGGUUUGUCUCUGUGCUUGAUGACAACGAUGAACCCGAGAUCCCGAGUGCCAUGGUCUCAGCUGUGGUUACUGCGAUUUUUUCUUCCCUACUUGAUCUGAAGUCCGUUGUUGAUGUAGGUCGCGAGCGUGGUGAUUUCGGGCAAAGUCUCAUCGGCAUGUUUGACAACAAUAUGGAAAUGCUCAAUGGAAUCUACACCAAGGGCCCGCAUGUUUACCAUUCUCUCAUGGCUCGAAAAUACAAGGCUGUUAGCAAUGUGGUUGACUUUGCAUCCGCCGAGUUGAAAGCAGCAUUUGCGCGAAUCGAUUUCGAUGGGAUGAGUAUCGACUAG